AUGGCUGAGCCAAAAGGCCGACCAGUUGGCGGCACAGAGACCAGCUGCUAUCGCGCCGUGCCUGGCGGCACCGGCAUCACGGUGCUAGCCCUUCAUGCCUCGAAACCCCCGGAUGUGCUCAAUCUCCAAACUGCCCUCCUUAAAGUCCAAAACUCUCACCCCAUCCUCAACUCAAGGCUCCAUAAAAACCCCAAAACAAACACACUCUACUUUGUCCCAUCCCUCACUCCCUAUGUCCAAAUCAAAUCGUUCAGCCUCUCAUCAACUUUGGAAAUCCUUGAAACCCUCUACAGCCCAAUUAGCAACCCCUCAGUCUCUACUUUUCACCUGAUCCUUGAGCAUGAGCUGAACCAAAACCCUUGGCAGCUGAAGAACACUACAUGCACAAUUGACCAAGACAUGUUCUUCGCAAGCAUCUAUGCUCUGCCAAGAGCCACGUGGGUCAUGGCGCUGAGGCUUCAUGUCUCAGCGUGUGACCGUACCACGUCAGUGUCUUUGCUAAGAGAGGUGGUGGGGUUGAUGGGUGGUGGAGACGAAGGGGGAGAGGUGAAUAUGGAAAUUGGGAACAGAGGGGAGGUCAAUUUGGGAAUUGAGGAUCUUAUUCCUCGUGGGAAGGGUAAGAAGGCUAUGUGGGUACGUGGAAUGGACAUGCUUAGUUACUCUGUUAAUUCCCCGAGGCUGACUAAUUUGAAAUUCACCGACACCAAAUCGGCUAGGGUUUCUCGGGUGGUGAGGCUACAGAUGAAUGAAGAUGACACUCGGAGGGUUCUCAAUGGAUGCAAGACAAGAGGGAUUAAAUUAUGUGCAGCAUUGGUGGCUACUGGUUUGAUGGUUGUGGAUAAGUAUCGUCUGGAAAAUCAGAAGAAGUACGGUGUAGUGACACUCACUGAUUGUCGAUCCAAACUCCAUCCAGCUCUUUCACAUAAACAUUUUGCCAACCUAUGGGAGCUGGCCAACAAAACCUACAAGGCCUUUGCAAGCUCUAAGAGCAACAACAAGCACUUCUCAAACAUGGCUGACCUUAACUUCCUGAUGUGCAAGGCCAUCGACAACCCUACCUUGACCUCGUCGUCUCUCUUAAGAACAUCGUUCAUGUCAGUGUUUGAGGACCCAGUGAUUGAUGAUUCAAACGACAAGCAGAGAGAGCUGGGGCUGGAGGAAUACAUGGGGUGUGCUUCAGUGCAUGGCAUUGGCCCUUCCAUUGCAAUCUUCGACACGAUUAGAGAUGGACGGCUAGAUUGUGUUUGUGUGUACCCAGCACCAUUGCACUGGAGAUAG